UGCAAAAUUUGCACAAUAAAAAAGAUGCAUAGAAUUUUUAGCAAUGGCAUCUUUAAUAAACAAAAUUUUAAUAUAAAUGCUUAUAUAAAGAAAUCUAUGUACUUAAAAUAUGUAUUUUUUAUUUAUUUGAAAAAGUUAUUUGUACAUGGAUACUGUUGCUGUGUUUGAAUUUUCCCGCGCGCUCGUCCAGUACAGAGGACGCUGCUGUAUCAAUUUGCUUCUGCGCGUCGCUUAGUUAGAAAAGUGCAGACGCCGUGUACACAUCAUUUCGUGUUCGGUAGUGUAUGAAAUAUGUAUAUUAGUGGCGCCCCGUAUUUAUACGCGAAGUUUCAAAUCCCACGUGUUCUUUAAUUACUUAUGCACAUACAUACAUUACCAAUUAAUUGGUAUUAAUAGGAUAUAAGUGCAUUAAAAAUAAUUUGUGAGAAAUAAACAGAACGCACAAAGAUAAAAUAAAUGAAACAGAUAAAAUUAUAUUAUUUGAAUUGUUUUUAGUAUUGAUAAAUAAUCCAUAAUGGAUCUUCAAAAUAAUUUAGAUACAUUUACAUGUGCUUUUCGUGAAGCUGUUAGAUCUUGUAAAUCAGACACCGCUACGUUGGAUAGUACAUUUAGAAAAUUGCUAACCUCUGCUGGAAAGUAUAAGAAAGAAAUACUUAUAUCUUUUUUUGAUAACUUUAAUGAUACACCAUUUAAUUUUGAAAAUAAAAUUGAUAAUGUUACAUUGUUGGAAUUCUUUCAACAAAUUGUUGAUGAUAUUUUAUUAGUGAAAAUAUUGAGUCCUGUUGAUUAUAAGGUGCUUACAAAGAUAACAUAUUUUUAUCCUACCAUCGUUGAAAAGAAAAUUGAUAAUAUUCUAUAUAAAUUGUAUUUACAAGAAACAACGAUAGAACGUAAUGAUCUGUUCAUUGGUAUUUUGGAUGCCAGCAUUUUAUUAAGACAAGAAGAUAAAUUAAUUUCACAAGUUGUAACAACUUUGAAAGCAGUCAUUGCUAGUGAAAAUGAAUUAGAAGAAUCAGAUUUGUCGGUAAAAUCAUUUCUUCCAUUUGAAUUUACAAAUAAAUUUACCAAAUCGAUCUCUUCGUUUACAAACUCGCAUGUUUUGACAAUAUUAAAAACUUUGAUAGAUAAUUUAAACAGAUGUUGCCUGGCAUCAUUGAAAUGUAAUACAACUGGUAAUUGUACGAUAUUGUUAAAAGCUGUGACAGAAUUAUUAAUUGGAUGUUUAAACGGUGUGUGUAUCAUUGGGAAUACAUCGACUUUGGCGUAUCAACAAGAAUUCAUAAAUGUUUUAAAUGAAUUAGGAAAAGAUCUAUCACGUUUAAUAAAAAAAGCUUUGCAUGUAAAUCAUAAUGCUAAUAUUAUUGCUGUUUUAUUAUCUGUUAUAUUGUCAUGGAGCGAAAUUCAAAAUAUGACAAGAUAUUAUUUACCAAAUAUUCACAAGGAUGAAUUAAUAUUUCCUAUUUCGGAUGAUCACUGGCAACAACUGAUUCAACGAAUAACUAAUUUCGGUGAAGAGGAAUGCAUAAAUAACAUGAACAAGCUUAUAAUACAUCGUAUCAAAUAUUACGGCACAGUUGAUUCUACCAUCAAAUUAGAUACCUUAAUAAAUGGUUUAAAAUAUUUUUGGAGUUUCAUAUUGAAAUAUAAUUCAGAAAUAAUUUCAUUAUUAAAUGAUAAAGAACUUUCUGAAUUGGUUUCAUUACUUGUGGAGGAUAUGACGUUAAAUGAAUGUAAAUUUAAUGAAUGGUUAGAAAUAAUAAGAAAUGAUCAUUUGCAAGAAAACAAACGAUUUGUAAUAUAUCUUUUAUGCCAUAUUCUUGUACAAAUGGGAAUGAUACCAAAAAAAGGUGUAACCAAAUCUAUUUCGCAGCAUGUAGACACAAAAGUAGUACUGUCUACAGAAGUUUUAGGAAAAAAGAAAAUAAAGAAGAUUUUAGAAACCGUCAAAGUAGAGAUACUUCAAUCUCAAUGGGAACAAAUGAAAAGUACAGAAAUUGCUAAAAUUAAAUUGUAUCUAAAUAUUCUUGUUAAUAUGCCAAUAGCAUAUUUUAAAGCUAAUGUUAGAGCUUUAUUAUUUAUGAUUAUAUUUACUGUCAACAAAGAAUGCACGAAAAGCGAAGAUGUAACAACUUUAUGCAACAAAAUAUUUCUCAAACUUUUUCAAACUACUGGUCUUGACAUUUUACAAUAUAUAGAUCCUGUAUCAAUAAUACAUCAAUUAUCUCAAUCUAAAGCUUUUGAAAAAGCGUUAGAACAAUCACUACGAAAUAUUAAAUCUUAUGAGAUUUUAAAAACAUUAAUAAAUUCAUCAUCUAUUAAUAAGGAAACUAUGUAUAUACUUUUACAAUGCAUAGAAAAUAUAAGACAGAAAUUAGACGCCGAUCAGAAAUCUAUUUUUAAAAAAGCAGAACAUAAACUAUGUAAGAAAUUGUUGAACACAUUACCAACACUUAUUGAACUUCCUUAUGAUGUAAAGUGUUUAACAUUGAUAUUAAAAAUGAAUGCCUUAAAUAAGGAAACCGAGAGUAAUUUAAAAGAACGUAUAGAAUUAACAGUAAAUAAAAUAUUCACGUCAACACAAGAAGCACAUUCUAAUGAGUUAUUAGAAACAGGAUUACAAUUGGCAGCUAUAAUAUUUCGAAAUUAUCAAGAAUUUCAAAUUUCUUCAGAAAUUAGAACACAAAUAUGGUCUUUAAUGUUAAAUUAUCCUUGUGAGGAUUUACUUCCACCUCUGAUAGAAUCUACCGAAGUUGGACAAUUGAAAAAAAUUCUAUAUUUGAUGCAAGCUAUAAUGAUAGAAGAAUUACCUAAAUCAAAUAGUAACAAGUUAGAAAAUAUUUUUAGUGUUUUGAAUGCUUUAUUGAAAUCAGAUAUGUCAACACAACGUAAUAAUCUUCGUACAGCAACUAUUGAAAAUUUAUUUAAAAACAUUCAAGUUGUAAACGUAUCAGAACAACAUUGGCCAAAAUUAUUAGAAUCACUUCAGAAUAUACUCAUUUCUAAACAUUUAUAUGUAUCUGAUAAUAUUAUUGAUCUUAGUAUGAAUAUUGCAUUACAAGCCUUAGAAAAAAGAAAUCUUUCAAUAUGCAACAAUGUUUUAAUAUUAUCUGGAAUUUUAGUUAAAGUUAAAAUAGACAUAAUAGUAGAUAGAUUACCAGUAUUGCUAAUUUUAUUUAGACGUUUGAUUACUAUUAUCAUUCAAUUGUCGAAAACUGUUGAUAAAGCUCAAGAUCAUUUUUGUCGAUGUCUCUUACUUGAUAUUGAAAAAUUUACAACAUGUUUGGUAAAACAUAAAAAAGAUCUAAUGCGUAUAAGUCCAUAUGUCAUAAGUGAUUUGAUUCGACUAUUGUCAGAAGGAGGUUUAAAACCUUUUAUAAAGAUAUCUUUGGAAAAUACAAUAGCUACGUUAUUCAGUAUUUGCGAUCAACAUGGCAUUGCUUUAUUAUCUCGUACGCUUCCAACGAAUCUACAAGAACUUUUCAAAACUCAAUUUGAUAAUUAUAAUAAAUUUCAUAAAUUUCUUGGAAAGAUAUGAA